AUGGCUGGGGUAUAUAAGGACAAGAAGGUUGAUACGUUGGACCCCAAUCAAAAGGAACGCUUAGUGCGAUCUAACUUUUCAAAGAGGACUGAUUGUGGUGCACUGUUAUGUGUAAUUUUUGAGGCUGGAUCAUGGAAGGUCUAUAAGUUUGUCGAGGAGCACAACCAUGACCUUGUUGAACGUCCUGAUAAGCAUUUUCUUCCAACUGAACGACAUCUCAUUCAGCUCCAGAAGCAUGUUAUACACAGCAUGUCUAAGUUGAAUUUGGGUCUAGUUAAGGCGUUUAAUGUUAUGAAGACUUGUUUUGGUGGUUUUGAAGACGUCGGUGCAAGUAAAGUUGAAUUUAAGAACUACAAGAGAUACGCUGUGGUGUUUGUACCGUUCACCGGUAUAGACACUCACCACUGCAAUGUUACAUUUGGUGCUGCAUUAUUGGCCUCAGAAACUGUUGAUACGUAUAUUUGGUUGUUGAGAGUUUUUCUAAAAGCUGUUGGUUCUCAACCAAAAGUUGUUGUCACUGACCAAGAUCCAACAAUGAAGAUGGCUAUUUCUGCUGUAUUGGUUGACACAAGGCAUCAAUUAUGCAUGUGGCAUGUGAUGCAUAAACUUUCUCUGAAGGUUGGUGUUAGGCUAUGCAAUUCCACCAAUUUCAAAGAACGUAUUUGUGGUGUUGUAUGGACGGAUAUUCUUUCCAGUGAAGAGUUCGAAUCAGAAUGGGAAGUGGUUAUCGGAGAGUUCAAUUUAGCAGAUAAUGACUGGCUCUCUGAUAUUUUUGCACUCAGGGUAUCUUGGAUCCCUGCAUACUAUAGAAUGGAAGAGCAGUCGAGCCUUAUGCGAACGACAUCGAGGUCGGAGAACAAACCUUCUCUGUAUGACGUUAUAGAGAUAUUGUUUUUGGCGUUUUUCAGUUUGGACAUUAGAGAAUUUCCAAAACAAUACAUUUUGAAUAGAUGGCGCAAAGAGGCUUCCCCAAACUGCUCUUAUGAAUACUCAAUUAGUCGUGAAUAUAUGACCGAGCUUGAUCCCGAUGUGCAAAGUAUGAUGCGAGAGAUUAUUUUUCCAACGGAGUAUACUUUGAACCGUUUAUCUGGUAACAAAGAGGAGCUAUCCUUAUACAAGGAUCAUGUUCAAUCUUAUAUGAAGAAGGUUCAAGAUAUGCAGAUUGUUUCUCCCCCUCUAGUACUAGGGAUAGAGUUACGGAGAUUAUCGGUCAAUAUAAAAACGACAAGAAUCCGAUAA